AUGCUAAUCACAUUAGAUCGAUUCAAUUGCAAGUCCCGCCGCUCGGCCCGCGACUGGAACAGGACUUGGCGAGUGGCGGUGGGGAGUCCCGGGAGGCAAGUGGAGCGCGUGAGCGGGAUGGGGCCCUCGUUAUCAGAGGCGCGAGAGCCUAAUCACUUUCGUUGCAACCCCGCAAGGAGGUCGGCGCGACUAUCACGUCAGUCGUCCCCGCGCAGUGUGUGCGCGCAGGCGUGCGCCACACCGCUCGCCUCUGCCGCCGCCAAUCCGCCGCCAGACCGCGCCACGCCACCGCCCGGCCGCAGCCGGGAAUGGAGACCUGCGCCAUCACAGCUGCCGAGGACCUUGUGGGCGACCAGAUUGUCCCGGGUGGCGGCCGCUGGGGCUCUUCUCACCCCACCGGCAUCCUCGACUCCUGGUUUCAGAUGCAGG